ACACACCGGAGCCCCUGCUGCACAUUUACCCAUCAAUCAUUGACGCUUGUCUACUAUCUAUUCUGUCUCCCUGAAAUUUGAUGUUCUUAAUAUCUCUGUCACCCAAUUCGAUUGAAAUUCUAGGGUUUUGAUCAUUUUUAGAGGUGCAAUACCUCUGAUCUUCAAAUUCAAUCUCAGAUUCCUUGCUCUUUCCUUGUUCAUCGUCUGUCGCCGAUCCAGUCUCUGCCUGAAAAUGCCGGCUGUUUAUGGAGCUCGCAUGACCACCUUCGAAGACUCCGAGAAGGAGAGUGAAUACGGUUACGUUCGAAAGGUAUCAGGACCAGUCGUGGUUGCGGAUGGCAUGGCUGGAGCUGCUAUGUAUGAGCUAGUGCGUGUUGGUCGUGACAACCUCAUUGGUGAAAUUAUUCGUUUGGAAGGGGAUUCUGCUACCAUCCAAGUUUAUGAGGAAACAGCUGGUUUAAUGGUCAACGAUCCUGUCUUACGAACACAUAAGCCUUUAUCAGUGGAGUUGGGUCCUGGAAUAUUGGGAAAUAUUUUUGACGGAAUUCAGAGGCCAUUGAAAACUAUUGCUAAAAGAUCUGGAGAUGUCUACAUUCCUCGUGGUGUUUCUGUUCCAGCACUUGAUAAAGAUACGCUGUGGGAGUUUCAGCCUAAAAAAAUUGGUGAAGGAGACCUAUUAACUGGUGGAGAUCUCUAUGCUACUGUUUUUGAGAACAGUCUGAUGCAGCACCAUGUUGCACUUCCUCCUGAUGCCAUGGGAAAAAUUACUUACAUUGCACCACCUGGACAAUAUUCCUUGAAGGAUACUGUAUUGGAGCUUGAGUUUCAAGGUGUUAAAAAACAGUUCACUAUGCUCCAGACUUGGCCUGUUCGUACACCAAGGCCUGUUGCAUCAAAACUUGCUGCCGAUACUCCUCUGCUCACUGGUCAGCGUGUUCUUGAUGCCCUUUUCCCCUCUGUUCUUGGUGGGACUUGUGCUAUUCCUGGGGCUUUUGGGUGUGGCAAAACAGUCAUCAGUCAGGCUCUUUCUAAGUAUUCUAACUCUGAUGCUGUUGUCUAUGUUGGUUGUGGGGAACGUGGAAAUGAAAUGGCUGAAGUUCUUAUGGACUUUCCACAACUUACAAUGACAUUGCCUGAUGGUCGUGAAGAAUCUGUCAUGAAGCGUACAACACUAGUGGCUAACACUUCAAACAUGCCUGUGGCUGCUCGUGAGGCUUCAAUUUAUACAGGAAUCACUCUAGCUGAGUAUUUUAGAGAUAUGGGUCACAAUGUCAGCAUGAUGGCAGAUUCGACUUCUAGAUGGGCAGAAGCAUUGCGUGAAAUAUCUGGAAGGCUGGCAGAAAUGCCUGCUGAUAGUGGAUAUCCUGCUUACCUUGCUGCACGUUUAGCUUCUUUCUAUGAACGUGCUGGCAAGGUAAAAUGUCUUGGAGGUCCUGAACGAACUGGUAGUGUCACAAUUGUUGGCGCUGUAUCUCCGCCUGGAGGAGAUUUCUCAGAUCCUGUGACAUCUGCAACCCUCAGCAUAGUUCAGGUUUUCUGGGGUUUGGACAAAAAGCUUGCCCAGAGAAAGCAUUUUCCUUCUGUUAACUGGCUUAUUUCCUAUUCAAAGUAUUCUGGGGCAUUAGAAUCAUUCUACGAGCAAUUUGAUCCAGAUUUUAUCAACAUUAGGACAAAGGCUCGAGAAGUUUUACAGAGAGAAGAUGACCUGAACGAAAUUGUGCAGCUUGUAGGCAAGGAUGCUUUAGCUGAAGGGGAUAAGAUCACCUUGGAAACUGCAAAGCUUUUGAGAGAGGAUUAUCUUGCUCAGAAUGCUUUUACCCCAUAUGACAAAUUCUGUCCCUUCUACAAGUCUGUUUGGAUGAUGCGGAACAUCAUCCAUUUCUACAAUUUGGCAAAUCAGGCAGUAGAGAGGGGAGCUGGCUCAGAUGGUCAAAAGAUAACUUACACCAUCAUCAAGCAUCGCUUGGGAGAUCUCUUCUACCGUUUAGUGUCUCAGAAAUUUGAGGAUCCAGCAGAAGGUGAGGCAGCUCUGGUUGCUAAAUUUAAGAAAUUACACGAGGACCUGACCAAUGGUUUCCGCAACCUUGAGGAUGAAACCCGGUGAUUGGAGAAUGUGCAAGCCAUGUCUGAGCUGUCAGUUGUGCCAAUUGGUUUUACGAGGCAGGUGCGAUCUUGCGGGGACAUCGCCCCGGGGUUUUUCUAUUUAUUUAAGUUGUGCAAGAGACGAUGUGAUGAGGAUCAUGUUGCGCCACUCUUCUGGUGCCGGUUUGGCUUUCCAUUAGUAUUUGUGUAGUUUGAAUCAUAUGUUCCAGUUGCCCUUUCAGUUAUUCAUUUUAGAAUAAGAGAUUAAACUUGUUCUUUCCUUUGUAUUUAUUCAAUAAGUUCAUUUUUAGUUAGGAAUUAAAUGCCUUGAGGCUUGUGAGUUUAUAGAAAUAUUAGUGGGAGUAUGGACUGGUUAAGCAAUGUAUUUUUAUGGGUGGAUUCAUUGUUGUAGCAAGAUGAGCUUUUGAAAGAUGUUUUAUGGCGAA